GAAUGUGGUCUCUGGGUCUUGACAGAUGCAAACCUUGUGAAGGACAAUAUUGAUGGUGUUUAUGAUACUGCUGAGUAUGCUGAGAGGUUUGUGGAGGAAACUGAGGCAUACCGGGUGGAUCAUCAAGACUUUUCUUCAGUUAGCAAUGUGCAUGUCCGAAAGCAUUUUCCAGCGACUUGGAUUUGGCUGGACAACCACAUGGGAUCUAAGAUUUACCAAGACUUUGAAGUUACUGUACCUGAUUCUAUCACUUCUUGGGUAGCUUCUGCUUUUGUGAUCACAGAAGACUUAGGCCUUGGACUAACAACUGCUCCAACAGAGCUACGGGCCUUCCAACCAUUUUUCAUGUUUUUGAAUCUUCCCUACUCUGUUAUCAGAGGUGAAGAAUUUGCUGUGGAAGUAACCAUAUUCAAUUAUUUGAAAGAUGCUGCAGAGGUUACAGUAGUCAUCGAGGAAAGUGAUAGCUUUGAUGUUUUAAUGACUUCAAAUGAAGUUAAUUUCACAAGGCAUGAGCAGAAAGCUCUGGUUCCCAGCCAGGAUGGGGCAACUCUUCUUUUCCCUAUCAAGCCGAAAUAUCUGGGCGAAAUUCCCAUCACAGUCAGAGCUGCCUCAGUCACUGCUUUUGAUGCUGUCACUCAGAGGGUUUUAGUAAAGGCUGAAGGAAUAGAAAGAUCGUACUCACAAUCCAUCUUACUAGAUUUGACUGACAACAAAGUGUCCACUGUUGUGAAAACUUUGAAUUUCUCGUUUCCUCCUGAUACAGUUAACGGCAGUGAAAGAGUUCAGAUCACAGCAAUUGGAGAUAUUCUUGGCCCUUCCAUCAGUGGCUUAGCCUCACUGAUUCGAAUGCCUUAUGGUUGUGGAGAACAGAACAUGAUAAACUUCGCUCCAAAUAUUUACAUUUUGGAUUAUCUGACUAAGCAGAAACAGCUGACAGAUAAUUUAAAAGAAAAAGCCCUUUCAUAUAUGAGGCAAGGUUACCAAAGGGAGCUUCUCUAUCAGAGGAAUGAUGGCUCUUUUAGUGCUUUUGGGAAUGAUGACCCUUCUGGGAGCACUUGGUUGUCAGCUUUUGUUUUAAGAUGUUUCCUCGAAGCUGAUCCUUAUAUAGAUAUUGAUCAGAACAUAUUGCACAGAACAUAUACUUGGCUCAAAGGAUACCAGAAAUCCAAUGGUGAAUUUUGGGAGCCAGGAAGAGUGAUUCACAGUGAACUUCAAGGUGGCAGUAAAAGCCCAGUAACACUCACGGCCUAUAUUGUGACUUCUCUCCUGGGAUACAAAAAGUAUCAGCCUAAUAUUGAUAUACAAGACUCUAUCAAGUUUUUGGAGUCUGAAUUUAACAGAGAAAUAUGGGACAAUUACACUUUGGCUCUUAUAACCUAUGCACUGUCCUCAGUGGGGAGUCCAAAAGCCCUGGAUGCUUUGCGCAUGCUGACUCGGCAUGCAGAAAGGGAAGGAGACAUGCAGUUUUGGGUGUCAUCAGCACCCACCCUGUCUGAGUCCUGGCAGCCGCGCUCCCUGGAUAUCGAGGUUGCGGCAUAUGCUCUGCUUUCACACCUGCAGCACCAAGUUUCUGAGGGAAUCCCAGUGAUGCGGUGGCUAAGCAGGCAGAGGAACAGCCUGGGAGGUUUUGCAUCUACCCAGGAUACCAUUUUAGCCUUAAAGGCCCUCUCUGAAUUUUCAUCCUUAAUGCAUACCGAAAAUACAAAUAUCCAAGUGACUGUGAUGGGACCUAGCGCAUCAAGACCUGUGCAGUUUUUGAUCGACACUGAGAACCGCAUUCUCCUUCAGACGGCAGAGCUUGCAGUGCUGCAGCCAACUGUCGUUAAUAUUUCUGCAGACGGUUUUGGAUUUGCUAUUUGUCAGCUCAAUGUUAUUUAUAAUGUGAAAGAUUCGGGGUCUUUUAGAAGACGGAGAUCUGUCAAAAAUCAAGAAGCUUUUGAUUUAGAUGUUGAUGUGAAAGAUGAGAAUGAUGUUAAUCAUGUGAAUUUGAAUGUGUGCACAAGGUUUUGGGGCUCAGAGAGGAGUGGGAUGGCCCUUAUGGAAGUCGGCCUUCUCAGUGGCUUUACUGUACCUUCAGAUGCAAUUCCUCUGAGUGAGACGGUGAAGAAAGUGGAACACGAUCAUGGAAAACUCAACCUUUAUUUGGAUUCUGUAAAUGAAACUCAGUUUUGUGUCAAUAUUCCUGCUGUGAGAAACUUUAAAGUUUCAAAUACCCAAGAUGCUUCUGUAUCUAUAGUGGAUUACUAUGAACCAAGGAGACGGGCAGUGAGAAGCUACAAUGCCAGGACGAAGCUGUCCUCCUGUGACCUUUGUGGAGACGCCCCCUGCCAUGCCUGUGCUGGAGCUUCGGACUCCCUCUGCCGCUCUGGGCUCCUUUUCACUUUCUGUUUACUGCUUCUGUGUUUCGUGCAACAUCGAUCGUGAUGUAUUUUUCACGGACUCCAUGUAGAACUAGCAUUUCCAGAAGUCGAGUGUGUGAUUGUUUUGUUUCCAUAAUUGAUUAUUGCCUCUGACUGUUCUGAAAAUCAGCUAUGUUCUUUGCACAGGGCUAGGGGGAUGUCUGUAACACGCCUAGCAUGUGGAGUUGCACCAAGCUCUUCACCUGACUUUUGUGGAAGAUGAAUCGGAAUGACAGCACUUCUGUAUCUUUAUUUCCCCCUCUCGAAACUUACUUUUGAGAAGUAUUUGUUUUCUCCAGAAUAAAAGUGUUAUUUUAGAUUAUCA